AUGGAUCCCCUAUCCCCCGCAAUCACGUUCUUUGACAAAGAAGGCAAGGGUAGAACAAGCUAUAUUGGUAGCCUAGUGCCUGAGAAAUUGUUCUACCCAACGCCUGGUCUCUGGUUCACUAAUCAAGGCAGUGAGGUGUUGGACAGAUUAACAGAGGAGUAUGAAAAAAAUCCGUAUCCAACAGAAACGGAGCUCGACGCGCUUGCACGAGAAUUGAACGCGCCCGAUUCUCAGAAGAUCGUUUCUUUCUUCCAAAAUAUGCGAAUAAGAUCGCAGCUUUCUUCGCAGUGA